AUGAAGCGUCUUCUCAAAAAGGAAACCUGGAGUCGGGUUGCUGCGACCUCUAGCGAACACCCCCACGAACCUGUCGACGACGACUUACCAGAAGCCAUCAUAAUUCGUGAGAUUAUUACCUUCUGUGAGAACAGCACACAAGGUAACGAAUUCGUUCACCUCCCCAGCAUCGUUGAAGUCGCCGAGUCGAGUCCCGCAGCUGCGAAAGAGGCAGCCCGUCGCAUUCGCAAAUACCUCUCCACACCAUCGAUCCCAAACAAUGUCCAGUACAAUGCGGUCAUGCUCAUGCGCAUCCUCUCCGACAACCCGGGACACACUUUCACGCGCAACAUGGAUAACAAAUUUGUUACGGCGGUUGAGAGUGUCUUAACCCAGGGACGAGACUGGCACCUGAAGCAAUAUCUACGUGAAUACCUAGAUAAUAUGGAGGCCAACCGGCCCUACGACGAAGACCUUGAACUUCUCUUGAAGAUGUGGGCGAACCAGAAAGUAAAGGAGAGGAACAGACCCAAUGUUGCGCCUCAACUGCCUCCGCGAAUGUAUGCCAAUCCCACAGUUUCUCAUGGCCCACCAUCACUCCCCGGUCCCGGAGAGCUGUCAGCUCGGGUGGAAGAAGCAAAGAACUCAGCAAAACUACUCACUCAGUUUGUUGAGAUGACUCCGCUUGCGGAACUGGAGGUGAACGAAUUGGUCAAGGAGUUCAUGGAGCGCUGUCAGACGUCUUCGCGACUCCUCCAGUCUUACAUUCACGCUCAGGAUCCGUCCCCAGACGAAGAGACCCUUCUCACCUUAAUCGAUACCAACGAUACUAUCUCUGUGGCACUUUCCCAGCAGCAGCGUGCUAUGCUCAAAGCCCGCAAAGCCCGCGCCUCAAAUCCUACAUCCAAUGUCACCAGUCAGUCUCCUUUCAGACCUGUUGCAUCCGGUGCGGUACCUGCCCCUCUGGCCCCACAGACAGCUCCCGAGGCCAAUAUUUCGUCUCCAUCAGCUGUGAUGUCUGGUGGCAGAAGUAAUCCACCGCCAAGCAACGCCCAGCCCUAUCAAUACAACGCUGCCGAUUUCGUAGUGCAGAAUCCCUAUGCGGAUUCCAAUGUGAUACAUGAUGCCUCUCAUCCAAAUGCGAGCUCAGAAAAUAGUGCAGCGCAAUCCAAGAAUGCUUAA